GGUCUGUGCCUCCGUUCUUCCCAACAUGUGCUUCAACUUUCUCUACAGCGACAAUGAAGAAUUCAAGGUCUCAAAGUUCUUCCUAGGAGCCUCAUUUGGAGCCAUCCUAGGACUUGGUGUAUACUUCUUGCUUGUGCAUCCGAUGAAUGUGCAUGAGGAGCAGAAGAUCAAUAUCAUGUACGGGCUAUCAGGGACAUUUGCUUUUGGAUGGGCGACCUCUUCCUACUUUCGCUGCUCCACCCUUAUUCUUGCUCCUAACCUUCUGGGGAAAGAAGGCCGGACGAUCAUAGUCAUCGGUGUGAUUGCCUCAAUCUAUGCAGGGCCAGUUGCAAAUAUACAGAAGAAUGUUGAAGAAAUUGUAAGAUCUGUGAGCUGCACUGUGGACCUACAGAUAAACCACACUAAAGUGGUCUGGAAGGAGAUGACAAAGCCCAUGAAGAAGAUCGUCCAAGACCUGGUGGAAGCUGCCAAGGAGCUAAAAAAUAGGAGCAGUAACGUUGUAUCGUUGUUCAAAGAAAUUGAGAAUGAGGUAGAGAGCACCGAGGGCUACAGCAGAAAGAAGGCAGAAGAGGCACAGACGAAUCAGAAGAAGAUCAGGUCUACGCAGAAGAAGCUUGAGCUGAAGACCAUGCUGCGUUGUGAGUAUGUUGUCGAACUCGGCAUCAGCAAAUGUAAGGACUGGUUCGCUAUGAAGCAUGAGGAGUGCAUGCGUUACAUCUUCUUUCCCGUCCUGAACAGUCUGCUUUGCCUACCCAUGAAGUUCACAUUUGUCUGUAACAUCAUGUACUUGGUCAACAGGUGGUGCAAGAGCAGACUCCCACUAGAAGGCAACUUCGGUCAAGUCUUCGAAUGGAUUAACAAUACAGUGUACAAUCUGAAUAAAGGCUUCUCCAGCACCUUAGUUGUGAGGAAAGAAGAGCAGAGCAUAUUCGGAGUCAACAUCUCCCAGAUCAGCAUUACUGAAGAAGUUAUUGAAACCUUGAGGCAGAAGCAGGUGUGGGUGCUGAGGAGGAUGCAGUACAUCAACACCAUCAUGUCCUGCAUGUUCAUCUUCCUCUUUACCUCAGCUUUUAACUACACCAUCAAAUAUAAUACCAGUGUCCUCUACGACAACUUCUAUGUUACCACCUACUUCCGGCAGAUUGACGCUCACAGGAGAAAGCUGAAAAAGAAGUAUUUACUUCCCCUUCGAAACCUGGAGAAGGCAGAUUUUGUGUUUCCUUUCAAUCUUUGUGUUCAAAAAUGUGAGAUGAAGACCAUGAUGAUGGAAUUAGUGCAGUGCGCUCCUUUCUUCAUUCUCUUCAUCUUGACAAUGGGUAUUGACCAACUUAUUAUCCACAUCUUCCACAUUAUCCACAAGCAUUUCCAUGUCUCCUAUUUUGUCGCCUUCGACCACAAGCUGCAAAUAUUAGUGGGAGGUGACACCCUUCUUGCCCGGCUUCUACAGCAUACAGUUGCUGCAUUCAACAGCUCAUUCAGGACUGUAGAGUUUGGCGACAAUAAAGUCUGCCUUCCAAACCCGGCCAUCAUGAGCUUUGCCGGCCAUGUGAAUUCCUGUAUGCCAACCUUUGGGCUCCUGUCACUAUGCUUCCUCCAGGUGUAUGUCUACCGUCUCCGCAGAGUGAUCGCCUCAUUCUUCUUCCCAAAAAGGGAGAAGUGCCGGGUGCUUUACCUGUACAACAGUUUCCUUUUGAAGAGGAGGUUGUACUUUCAGAAAAUCCGCUGGAAGGUGAUGGGAAAAUCCAAACGCAGGCAGAUAUGGGAGAAGACCUUUUUGGGGAGGUUCCAUAGAUGCUGCCGCUGGACAAGACUCAUUUUCCCUUGGCGCUGCAUUGUCUGUGAAGCUAGGAGAAGUGAAGACUCGUUUGAGUGCAGGACCCCGGGAUGCUGCACUGUAUAUUGUCGUCAGUGCUGGUGGGACCUGCACCAGUUCUGUUGGGCAUGUAUCCCAUAUGAGAAUUACAUCAAGGAGUGCAAUUUUGAAGGACUUUAUGAGUCCCUUUGAUAGAACAAGAUUAUACCUUGAUUACAGUGAUAAUGGUUACCUGGUUUAUUGCUGUAAUUUUGCCUUUUUUGGGUUCUAAUUUAUUUUCAUUGUAUUUAGCUUCUUAGUAUUCUAUUAUAUAGACAAGAUUUGUGAGUGUCUUAAAGAGUUUUUCCAGAGGAGUAAUUUUUAAUUACAAACUGGGUCAGAA